CACCUUUUCCCUCAAAUAUAUGCAUCUCAAUGCACCAAGAAAAUCUGGCCUCGGAGUCCCUGUAUUCUCGUUCUUCUUUAUAUCGACAUUCCUUGUUCGCCAACCCGCUAAGAUGGGUGGUCUUUUGUUGUCAGAUCACUAUGAGUUUCAUAAGCCCAGUACCAAUGAUAUGAACAUUGCGAGUAUCGCUUGGGGUUUCUCCCUAGGCGUGUCGAUAUUUGCGGGUACCAAGGCUGCGAAGCAGACGAUCAAAUCAUGGAAGAGAGGGACGAGAACGAAUAUUUAUCUCAUCUUGGUUUGGAUGGAAUGGACGAGCAGUGUGAUUAUGAGUGCCAUUACAUGGUUGUAUCUGCGACAAUACAUUCCACCCGGCUUUCCAGUCUUCUUCGUUAUUGUCCUUCUUUGGGCUAUCCAGAUCCAAUCACUACUACAGAUUAUCAUCAACCGAAUCUCGAUCCUCAUGGUCAACCGACAUAAUGCAUGGAAACUCAAGCUCAUAGUGUUCCUUGUUCUGCUCGCCAUCAACAUUAGUGUUUUCUGUGUCUGGAUCCCCGCCCGAUUACAGAUCAGUUCUAAAUGGAUUGCUGUUAAUGCUGUCUGGGAUAGAGUGGAGAAAUGCAUCUUCUUGAUUGUCGAUGCUGGCUUGAACUUUUACUUCAUCUACCUCGUUCGAUCUCGCCUUAUCGCCAACGGUCUCACCAAGUAUACUCGAUUAUAUCGUGUCAAUUUGUUCAUGAUUGCUGUCUCGAUGACAAUGGAUGUCCUGCUCAUUGCAAUGAUGUCUCUUCCCAACGAUAUCGUCUACCUUCAGUUCCAUCCUCUGACAUACCUUGUCAAGCUCCACAUCGAGAUGAACAUGGCCGAGCUCAUCACCAAGGUCGUCAAGGCCAGCAACCCCAACGGCUACGACUACUCCGACUCGCGAUCUCGCUCCGGUCAAAAGAGCGGAAAGACAACCACUGGAAAGAAGAUGGGCUCCGUCUUUCCAGGCAAUAACCAGACUUUCAUUGAAGCCGGCGGCGAUAACAUUGAGUUGCCUCAAAGGAAGGAAGAUGGUAUUCAGGUUUCUAGAACUUUCAAGACUACUCAAAUCGAAGUCGUCAAGGAGAAUCGGGAUCGUACUGAUUACGACGAUCUUGAGAGCGAGUCAAGUUCUACACGGCAUUUGAAGCGAGAACCACUUCCAUUUCCCGCUGAAUAGCUCAAUACUUCUCUAUGAGCCUUUUCUGAAUUGCCAUUUUAGAUUUGGAUUGUCUUUACGGAUACCCUUCCUGGUUAGAUCACAGCGGCACAUCAUAUACCCGCCGCUUAAAUUCUUUCUUAAAUUCUUUCUUAAUUAGACGUAUACGAUAUUAAUGCAUAAAAUAAAAUAGAAUUUUCACAAUGAGAAAG